AAAGUUCGGUCUCUUUAUCCUACUUCAUGGUUCUACUUUUAGUUUCAUUUGACAUACAUAUUUGAGAAACCCGGCCAGUAUAACAAUGCGAAAUAGCAAAAUAGAGAAAGCUUAGUUGUGCACUAAUAAUUUAUCUAAUCUUUCUGCAAAGUUAUUAGGUCUGUCCUUAGCCGCCACGUUAUUAUGUUUGAUUUUGUCAAUUAAAAAUGGAAAUGCAAAUAAAAGAAGAAACUAUAAAUUAAAUGCAGAAGAAAAAAAGAGUUUCGCUGCGAGGCAGAAGUCCGAGUUUGGCGAUUUUACAUAUUUAAAUAGAUCGGAUGUGGAAUUUCUAUUCGUCAUCGCCGGACGUAUUCUCGACACUAUUUGCAGCCAACGACGGCUGAUCUCAUCCGCGAUUGGCCGCUCAUCUGAAGAUUAGAACGACUUGGUAACGCUACGGAGAUGUCUACGCUCGCACUCGUAUCCCGCCGUAUCUUCUUGACGUGUCGCGCCACAUGUCGCUACUCGACGAGCGAUCAGUUGGUAGCAAGCCGUGAAGCAUACGGAAAUCUUGGCAGUGUCGCGCACAAGAUAACAGUUAUGGAUGAUUACGGAAUAGAAGAUGUAGCGCCGUUGCAAAAGGCUUCUCUAAAAGAACGCUGUAUACUUGUGGACAAGCUAGACAGACCCGUUGGCGAAGCCACCAAGAAGUUCUGCCACGAGAUUGAUAAGGAGGGUUGUGUGCCGCUCCACAGGGCGUUCAGCGUUUUUCUAUUCAAUAGCAAAGGGGAUUUGUUACUUCAGAAACGAUCAAGUGUCAAGAUAACAUUCCCAGAUUAUUUUACGAAUACGUGCUGCAGUCACCCAUUAGCCGAGAUUCCAAAUGAGAUGGAAGAAGAAGAUGCUAUAGGUGUACGUCGAGCUGCGAUAAGAAGACUUAAUUAUGAGCUAGGCAUACCUACCAACGAGAUCAAACCUUCUGAUCUAACUUAUCUGACAAGAAUUCGCUAUCAGAAGCCUAGCAAUGAUCGUUGGGGUGAACACGAGAUCGAUUAUAUAUUGUUCCUGCAACGGGACAAUAUCUCCUUGAAUCCUAAUCCCGAUGAAGUUAGCGAGAUUCGAUGGGUGCCGCGCGCGGAGAUCGAUAAUUUUAUGAAGACUAAGCCGUUGGUAACACCGUGGUUCGAACUGAUUUACAAAUUUAAACUGCUGCUUUGGUGGGAUAAUUUGCAUGGCUUGACUAAAAUGCAAGACCACAAAAGUAUAACUAUGCUGACUGAUUAAUGCGCUGUAUACGUAGGGGGGAGGGGAGUGAGCUAAAUCAGAUUGUGUUCCAAGUAGGAUCUUUUUAAUUUAAAUGAAUAGAGUUAAGCAGAUUUUUGUGCCAUUUAUAAUGUAAAGUCUUUAUAAGACAUUCAUUGGUUCACAGACAGUCCUCAGUUCAUCUACGAUGGCUGAGGAUUAUUUUGAAAUUAUAAUUAUGUGAGUAACAAAUUUAUUUCUUCUAGUUUACUUUUGUAACUCUCUGUAUAAUGAGUGAUUGUUUAUUGUUAUUGGUAUUUAUUUUGCAAGUAACAAUAUCGAGAGUAGCAUAUUUUGUGAGCAACAAAUUAGCAACAUAUUUUAUUGCGUUGCUUUUGCGUGUGAUUUUUACAAUAUAGGGAUAUUGUCCCGCUUACUUAAACUUCCUUUAGCGGAACAUUAUUUAAAAAAAAAAUUAAUAGAGCAACAUAUUUUUUUGUUUGGCAAAUUUUUAGCAAUAAAUGAGCAACAAAUAAAAAAAUUGGUUUGAAUUGAUUCUGCUCACUUUGUUCCGCUAACUUAUAGGACGUAAUUUUUAGCCAAUGUACGAAAAUUUUUUUAGAAAAAGAAAAUCCUUAUAAAUUAUUUAAAAGGUAUUAAAAUUUUGAAAAGUAAUUGAUUUAAAAUAAUUAAAAAGUGUAGAAUUCAAAAAUAUCGAGUGUUUUGUGAUUAUUUUUGCGGUUUAUUGUAAAAUUUGUUCCAAACUUCAAAAAGACUUGUGUUCAAAUCAGAUUUUUAGAUCGGAAUUGCAAUCUGAUCAUAUCAUUGGUGAUCGGUCGAUCAAAUUUGAUCUUAGAAAUAUUAAAUUUAUAAAACAUAAGUCAUCAAACUCAGAAUAAUUGAAUUUUGAUUUCAACUUUAAAUCUAUAAUAAUAAUAUCAUAAUGACCGAAAAACGUCUAAUUAUAUAAACUGUCACUAAUUUUUUUUUUUAAUAAAAUUUUUAUUUUUGACUCAAAUUGCUCGUUUUUACUCAAGACUAAAAGAAUACAUUAAAAUCUUUUAAAAUUCUAUCUAAAAAUUGGUAAAAAUAGAAGUGUCCGAUUUGAUCCAGUGGUUUCAAAUCGGAAUGAAAAAAGCAUUUUUAUAUUUUCCAUUAUAGAUCCAACACAGGUGAGAAAUACGUCAAAAUGGUUUGAAAUAAAAAUGAAGGGAAUUAAAUUAUCUUUCCAACGGUACUUUCGGUUUUAUGAUUAGACUUUAUUUGCUUGAGAGAGAGAGAGAGAGAGAGAGAGAGAGAGAGAGAGAGAACUGAAAAUAAGUUCGAUUUACUUCACUUUCCCCUAUAGAUUUUGUUACCAAAGCGAAACUCGUUUGAAUGCAUGUUACAUUAGUUUUCUGUUAGGAAGACUAAUGCAUUUCAGGAAUCUUUAUUUCAGAUAUUUAUAAUAUGCAUUUAAAUGAAUUUUAAUGAAACAAUAGUUUUGGGAAUUAAUAAAUGAAUUUAGGUUUAUGAAUUUAAAUUCAUGUUUUAAUUAUGGAUAUGUUUGUACCUACAUUUUCUUAACUUGAAUAUUUUACAUUAAAAUGGAGAAGGGUCUGAAAAGGUCAGGUAAUAGGCUUUAUUAUUUAUAAAAUAUUUUAUACGUAAGGUAAGAUAGUAUAAUUUUGAACUCUUUAACAUUUUUUUAACAUAAAACAUAAUCAAACAUUUAAACUUUAUCACUAUUAUAUAUUACUUUAUUACUAUUAUAUAUUAUAUAUUACUAUAAUUAGAAAGUUUGUAAUCGAAAUUAUUAAUUAGUUAACACAUGAAUAAAAAAAAUUACAAUUAUGAUGUAACUAAAGUCAUUUUAUUUUAUUUUAAAAGUGUUCGAAAAUGUAUUGCUAAAUGAUAAAUAUAGUACAAUUUUGAACAUAAUAUUUGUUUUUCUCACAAAUAGAUUUUUUAUACUGCUUUUAUUUUGCGAUAAUAGCAGAAAAAUUGACAGAAAGGGAACUAAUAUUGUUGCUAUUCAAAAUUAUAUUUUUUAUUAUGUUUUUUUAUUAUGUUCAGAUUUGUACCAAAACAUCUGAACACCUGCACGUUCGAAAUUGUACCUUCGAAUAAAAAGAAGAGCCUUCCAUACAAUUUUGAGGUAAACUAAAGUAAAUGGUUAUUGAUAUCACACGAUGAGAUCAGAAUUAACAAACGUGAAUUUUGGAAAUUUUAUUUUCUUCAGAAUUUUAUUAUUUCAUAUUCGAAAUUGUAUAACCUUAUCUUAUAUUGUGUAAUCCAGGUAAUUGAAGAAAAGAAACUUUUACAAAUAUAAAAGGUGGAUGUAUACAAUUUUGAUGAAUUCUAGUUUUUUUGAGAUAUUUAUAACUUAUAAGUAUUUUCUGUUAUGCAUAUUUAUGUGUGUAAAUAAAUUUAUUGUUACAAUUCUA